AUUCAUAUAGUGUAUUUGGGUGAGAAGCAGCAUGAUGAUCCCAACUUUGUCACGGAAUCUCAUCAUCAGAUGUUGUCGUCACUUCUUCGAAGUAAAGAGGGUGCACAUGACUCAAUGGUACACAGUUUUCGACAUGGCUUCUCAGGUUUUGCAGCCAAGCUUACCAAAUCCCAAGCCAAUGGUAUAGCAGCUUUACCUGAAGUUAUUCAUGUCACACCGGAUAGUUUCUACAAGCUGGCAACCACUCGGACUUGGGACUACUUGGAUGUUUCUACCACCGAUUCAAAGAAUAUUCUUAAUGAUGCUAAUGUGGGUGAACAGAUUAUCAUUGGCAUUGUCGACACAUGUGUAUGGCCAGAAUCUGAAGUAUUUAACGACGAUGGGUUUGGUCUGGUGCCGAGCCACUGGAAAGGAAGCUAUGAAUCAGGAGAGAUGUUCAACUCCUCUCACUGCAAUAAAAAGCUUAUAGGAGCAAAGUAUUUUAUCGAUGUUUUUCUUGCGGAGAACGAAAACUUCAACUCCACAGAAUCACUUGACUUCAUUUCCCGUAGAGCCGUUAAUGGUCAUGCAACACAUGUAGCAACCAUCGCAGGCGGUUCAUAUGUUCCCAAUACAAGCUACAAGGGGCUAGCUGGAGGAACUGUAAGAGGUGGGGCACCACGUGCUCGUAUAGCAGUGUACAAGACAUGUUGGUAUCUGGAUGAUCUAGGCACAUAUAUUUGUUCGUCCGCAGACAUCUUGAAAGCAAUGGACGAGGCAAUCCAUGACGGUGUUGAUAUUCUGUCUCUUUCUUUAGGCUAUGAACCUCUGUUCCCAGAAACAGAUGUUCGCGAUGGGAUAGCUAUUGGGGCAUUCCAUGCAGUCUUAAAGGGUAUUACAGUUGAUUGUGCGGGUGGUAACGCAGGCCCAGCGGCUCAGACCGUUACAAACUUGGCUCCUUGGAUCAUCACAGUAGGUGCUACUACUCUAGACCGAUCCUUUCCCACGCCUAUGAAACUUGGGAACAACAAAGUGAUAUUGGGUCAAGCAAUGUACACAGAUCAAGAACUUGGCUUCACUAGUUUAGUUUACCCAGAGGAUCCAGGAAAGAGCAACGAAACCUUUAGUGGUGAUUGCCAGAAGCUAUCAACUAAUCCCAACAACACAAUGGAAGGAAAAGUUGUGUUAUGUUUCACAAGAGAAACAAGUGUGACCACUGCGGUAGAUGCUGUAGUAGCAGUAACAAAUGCUGGUGGUCUUGGGGUAAUCAUUGCAAGAAAUCCUACACACUUGCUUCUUCCUACUCGUAACUUCCCAAGUGUUGCCGUAGACUUCGAGCUCGGAACCGACAUUCUGUUCUACAUACGCUCCACAAGAUCUCCCAUUGUAAAGAUAGGGGCUUCAAGAACCCUCGUUGCACGACAUGUGGCUACAAAGGUAGCAACAUUCUCAUCAAGAGGACCCAAUUCAAUAUCACCAGCGAUUCUGAAGCCGGAUAUAGCAGCACCUGGUGUGAACAUACUUGCAGCUACUUCCCUUAAUGAUUCUUUAAAUGCCAAUGGAUUCUCUAUGAAAUCUGGUACAUCAAUGGCUACUCCUGUAGUUUCAGGAAUUGUAGUGCUCCUCAAAUCAUUACAUCCUCACUGGUCUCCUUCUGCUAUCAAGUCAGCUAUUGUCACCACAGCUUGGAAAACUGAUCCAUCAGGGGAGCCAAUCUUCGCAGAUGGGUCAAGCCGCAAGCUAGCUGAUCCGUUUGAUUACGGAGGAGGCCUCGUGAAUCCAGAGAAAGCUGCAAGGCCAGGUCUCGUAUACGACAUGGCCACACAUGACUACGUCUUGUACUUGUGCGCAGCUGAUUACAGUGACAUGUCCAUAUCCCGUGUCCUAGGAAAAGCAACCAUCUGUCCUAAUCCCAAGCCAUCUGUUCUUGAUCUCAACUUGCCUUCCAUCACAAUCCCAAACCUUAGAGAUGAAGUCAUUCUCACAAGAACAGUUACAAACGUUGGACCUCUCAAUUCAGUAUACAAAGUCAUGAUCGAUCCUCCAACGGGUGUUGAUGUGAUUGUUACACCAACGACACUUGUGUUUAACUCUACAGCUACAAAGUUAUCUUUCACGGUUCGAGUGACGACUACACACAGAGUAAACACUGGCUACUUCUUUGGAAGUUUGAGUUGGAGUGACAAUGUACACAAUGUAGCCAUCCCAGUAUCUGUGAGAACUCAGAUCAUGCAACGAUACUACGACGAGAACUGAUGAAUCAUAAUAAGUCAAAAGCAGUUUGGUAAAAAAAGAAAAAUAGUAUUGUGUAAUUUUAUUCUUUGUUCUGUUCAUUCUGUAGUUUAUGUUGUUAAUAAAUCCGGAA